AUGUCUCGUGCGCUCUUUCAGAUGCACCCACUGCAACAGUUGCCCAGUCCCUCGCGGGGCGUCUCGGCCCUGGUUCACUUGACCGGUCUCGCAAGCUUUGCCUAUUCCUUUAAAUUCAUGCACGAUAACCCUAACCGCGCGAACGAGGCAUAUGGCUGGCAUUUUCAAUAUCUGACUGUAAUUGGCCUGAGCCUGUCGACUCUGACCUUCAUUGUCGCUCUCCUCGCCGAUAUCACGCUUUCGCGGCGCCUAUUCCUGAUCAAAAAUCUCCUGUCGGUGUGCAGCGCACCUAUGGAGGUUCUGAUCAGCGUUCUUUACUGGGGCCUUCGUCUGAUCGAUGAACGUCUGGUAAUUCCUGAUUGGGCUGUUAUCCCUCUAGAUGCCGAUAUAAGCUUCCAUGCAAUCCCAUCCAUCGUCAUGUUGAUUGACCUCCUGCUGCUCUCUCCUCCAUGGACGAUUACCAUCAUGCCCUCUCUGGGUCUGUCCGGUGCCAUUGCCUUUGGCUAUUGGUUCUGGGUUGAGCAGUGCUUCCAGUAUAAUGGCUGGUACCCUUAUCCUAUCUUUGAACAGCUACCCACCCCAGGUCGCGUGGCGCUCUUCUCGAUUAGCGCAGUUGUGAUGGCACUGAGUACUGCCACUCUAAAGUGGCUGCACGGGCGCGUCAAUGGCUUUGGCGUUCCAACCCCCGCCCAGUCUUUCCCUGGAAAUAUUAAAAAGACUGAGGGCCUUUAA